AUGCGGGAGCAUGCCUCAGUGGAAAAGGAGUUGUUGUUUUUACUUGAACAACAGCACAUAUACUGGAGACAACGAGCCAAAGAACAUUGGUAUCAAGGCGGUGAUACGAAUAGUAAGUUCUUUCACAACUCGGUGAAAGCGAGAAGGAGAAGGAAUAGCAUCAAGAGGCUCCGGGAUGAGAAUGGAGACUGGGUUCGGGAGGAAACAGGUUUGGAUAAUGUAAUGUUGAAUUAUUUUAAUAACCUGUUUGCGCCAAACUAUGGGGAUAUGGAGGAGGUGGUGGAAGCUAUCAGUGAAAGGGUUACUGAGCGUGAUAACGCAUGGCUGUUACGGCCGUUGAGUAUGGAGGAGAUGCGUGUGUCGAUUUUUCAGAUGCAUCCGGAUAAAUCCCCAGGAACAGAUGGUUUUGGACCAGGGUUCUUUCAGUAUUUCUGGGACAUUGUAGGAGGGGAAGUUACGGGAUUUUGCAGGAAUUUCUUGGGUACAGCCAGGUUACCAUUUAAGGCAAAUGAUACCUUGAUUGUUUUGAUCCCUAAGAAGACUAAUCCGGAGACAAUGAUGGACCUGCGACCAAUUGCGUUGUGCAAUGUCGUGUACAAGAUUGCGGCAAAGCGAAAGACCCAGGGCUGUAACGGGCUAGUGGCUUUGAAGCUUGACAUGUCAAAAGCCUAUGACCGGGUAGAGUGGAAGUUUCUGGAUGUGGUAAUGCUUAAGAUGGGGUUCAGUAGCCGGUGGGUUGAGAUUAUGCUGGAAACUGUCACAUCGGUACACUAUCAUAUUCUGCAUGACCAGCGACAGGUGGGGCCGAUUAUCCCGGGUAGGGGUUUCCGGCAAGGGGACCCGAUGUCUCCCUACUUGUUCUUGUUUGUUUUCGAGGGGUUGAGUGCCUUGAUCGAGAGGAAGAUGUCUGCGGGGCUCUUGCAUGGGGUCAGUGUUGCGAGAGGGGCACCUACCAUUUCUCAUUUGCUGUUUGCCGAUGAUUGCUUCCUGUUUCAUCGGGCAGACGUGGAAGAGAGUGUACAAAUGAGGUAUGUGUUGGAUACUUAUGUCAUGGCUUCUGGUCAACAUAUUAAUUAUGAAAAGUCAGCAGCCUGUUUCAGUGCGAAUGUGCCGCAGAAUGUGCGAAAUGAAGUUGUAGAUAUCCUAGGUGUGGAAGAAGGGGAUACUAGUGAGAGGUACCUGGGUUUGCCAUCGCUGGUUGGCAAAAGAAAGAGGGCCAUUCUGGGCUUUCUGAAGGAACGGAUUUUGGCACGAAUUCUUUCAUGGAAUUCUAAGUAUCUGUCUAGGGCGGGGCGGGAAGUGCUACUAAAGAAUGUGAUACAGGCGAUGCCGGCUUAUGCUAUGAUGGUUUACUUGUUACCACUUGGGCUUUGUCGUGACAUUCAGAACAUUAUGAACCAGUAUUGGUGGACAGGCAGUGUUGGGGAUGGUUGUGGGAUUAGAUGGCGCACCUGGGAGGGCUUGUGUAAACCGAAGGCUGUGGGUGGGAUGGGUUUUCGUCGUCUUCAUGAGAUGAAUAAGGCUCUUCUCGGGAAGCAGGCCUGGAGGCUAAUCACUAGGCCGACGAGCCUGGUGGCUCAGGUGUUUAAGGCACGGUACUACCCACAUUGUGAUUAUUUUGGAGCUUCAGAAGGGAACAACCCGUCUUAUAUUUGGAGGGGUAUGUAUGAGGUUAAGAGUAUCCUGAUGACUGGGUGUAGGAAGGCGGUAGGAGAUGGGAAGGACAUUGUUAUUGGCUCGGAUCCGUGGUUGCCAGUUGAUCAAAAUCCGUAUGUGGAAACUGACUUGCACCACUUACUAUGGUACCUGCGGAUAACCGUCCGUGGUCAAGAAUUUGGGAGCUCCACAUCCCUCCUAAGGGGAGUUGAGGAGACUGGCAUUCAUUUUUUUGCUUUUUGCACUAGAGUAGCCAACCUGUGGAAUAAUAUGGGAAUGCUGCAUUAUGGGGUAUCUGGUGCAGUAGAAAUGAGGGUGGAUGUUGAUCUGAGCUCAGUGGUUCAAAGGGCUAUGCUCUUUCUGGAUAAUUGGAGGAGCGCGAAUGAGCCGGUUAUUCAUCAACUUGCUCAAUCACGUGUGGAAGCAUGGUCCAAGCCGCCGCAUGGCAGGCUGAAGUUAAAUACGGAUGCCGCCCUGAUGGAGGGUAGUAGAAUGAUGAGCUUUGGUUGGGUUUUGCGGGAUGAUUUUGGGAAUUUUCUCGCUGCAAAGAACAUGUUAGUGCCCGGGGUAUAUAUGGUGAAAGAAGCUGAAAUUUUGAGUAUCCGGGACGCUCUGAGCUGGUUGAAGAAUACAGGUAUGGGUGCUGUGGAUGUUGAAACGGACUGCCAAGUUGUUUAUAAUGCAAUUAGAGCGCCUUCUUUUAAUUUUGCUUUCGGGUUCUUAGUUGAUGAUGUUAGGAAUUUAGCAAUGGAUAUUGAUGAUGUUAAAUUUGGUUAUGCUAGGCGAUCUGCGAAUUGUGCCGCCCACUCUGUUGCUAGUGAGGCCUUUUCUGAGUCAGGUUGCGGGGAGUGGUUAGAUACUCCUCCAUCUUUUCUUGUAAACAUUCUUGCUCGUGAUUCAAUGAAUUAA